AUGCAACCCAUACCACCCCCACCAUUUGGUAAUCUCAGUCAGAAUUACAUGUUUAUGAGUAGUAGCAGCUCAUCUGGUUCGCCCAACGACUCAGGGAGCGGUCAUCAACAGCAGCCAACGUAUCACACAGUCAGCCAGUAUUCAAAUUUCCCAACUGGGGCAUAUCAAUAUCAAAGCCAAAGCAAUUCAAAUCCCCCUACGAACGUAUUUCAUUCAGCAUCAAAUCCACCACAAGCUCACCCUGCGGUUGGCAUAACUCAUUUCGGUCCCUAUCAAACGCCCAACUCGUAUGCUUACGGUCAGUCUCAUGCUUAUCCGGGUGGAAGUCAACAAUCGUUUAUCUCAAUGUCUGGAAUACCUCAACAUCCGACUGCUGCUGCUCCAAACUACAACUAUGUUCCAAAUAUAAAUGAUGACGAAAAAUAUGCACGAAUGCUUCAAGAAGAAGAGAAUCGACGCUAUUAA